ACCUUCAGUUUAAGCUAUGUGGCUUCUGCUCGAGUUUGCUCUGGCAGGGUUCAUUGAAUAAGCAGGGGCAAGACAUAAUUGUUGCCAAUCAAUUGAAACCCCUACGGCCCACGACUAAUUAGCAAGCAAGUCUUCCAAAGGCGUUACGUAUUCUGCGUACACCCAUGAAUCAGACGGGCUUGCUGACAUGAGCUAUUUCUCCGAAGGUGAUCUUCCGAUUGAGAACUGAAGUUGAAUUCAAGCUACUCUGGAGAAGCACUUCGUUAGGAUGCUCUCUUUGACGUGGCUCCAGCCAGGCGCUUUUGAUUAUGUCCAUCACGUUCAGUUCUUGCGUGCCACAACUGAAACCUUUCCCGAAUUUAGAGCGCCGUGCGAUCCGCUCCAAUUCAUGCCAUCAUCACAUGCGGAUCGCAUAAAAAUGUCUAACGUUUUGCACUUCGUUCCAUUGUGCACGCCGUCAAUUGUUUGUAUUUCUGUGCGAAGUUUUGCAUGUCUAACGAACCUCUUCAUGAGAAAAUUCAAGGCCACCUUCAGUAGAAUGGAGAUAAGCCAACCGUCGCAGGUCGCAAAAACAAAUGCCUUUUGACAACCCCUUGAGUCAACGUCGCGAUUUACAUAAAUAUUUUUGGGCAUCGCAUAAUUUUCGGGUCUCAAUUAGUGGUAAACAAGAACCAGAAUGAAAUUCCUCCGCGCUAUUAGUCCCUUUGAUUUGGCAAUCAGCGAAGUACACGAAAAACCAGUAAAGAAAUCCAGAAGAAGACUAUCGAAAAUGUCUCUGAUUCCCAGUUGCUUUCCUUUUUUCUCCUCAGCCGCUAGCUCGCUCACCUCUACUCUUGGAGGCAUCCAGCAUGACAGCCAUGCCCGUGGUGUGGUGCACCGAUCCCAACUCGGUGAACAACAAGCCCACAGCCUUCGCGCUGCACGGCAUCCAGUUGCAGGGCAAUGUGACAGAGAAGCAGGUCACCGCCCUUCGGGAGCUCGUGAACGCGGCAGCUGAGGGGAGGCUCAUUCUUCCAUCAGAUGGCACCUUCACGCUGCUGGACAGCGGGCUGAGCAUCGAGAGCUCCAUCGUGGAACAGAAGUCCAGCAGCUUGGGCAGUCCCGGUGAGCCAAGUGAGCCGAUUCAGCCAAAGAACGCCAAGAACACUUACAUCCUUAUGCCGGUCAGCAAGGCGGAGGGUUCAAGGCAGGGAGGAGGCGGAGGAGCAGGAUCAGGGGAAGGAAAAGUAGCCGGACUGGCGAUUGCAGCUGCUGCCGCUCAACUGGAGUUCCUGCUGGAGCCGAAAUUCUCGCCGUCGUCUAAACCCCACCAAGAUUUAUAUGCAGAUGAAGAAAGGCCAGAAGAUGGUCAAGGUGACGAGAUUCUGUACGAGUUCCUGUGCUGCGCCAAGUGUAUGAACGAGCAGCGCACCAAUCACAACAGCACCUGUGCCAGCCGACGCUUGCAGCGCUACCUGAAGAACUGUAACGGCGUUAGUGGCAGUGCCAGUGGCAAGAGCAGCGACUAUGAGCCGGUCAACGACCCGGCGACAUGGCAGCUAAAGGUGGAUCCUGUGAGCAGCAUUGCCAGCAAGUACACCCGCCGGCAGCAGCGGCAGAAACCCCAUGGCACCGUCUCCAUGGGCAUCGCACGUAAUCGGGCACACCGCCAUCAAAAAUUACCCAUGCACUGUGUUAAAAUCUUUCAUAAUCGCAGCAGUUACACGCCAGCAACUACGGCGACUACAACAACAUCGCCGGCAGCAGCAGCAGCAUGCAAUGUGGGCGGAGGCCGAGAGGUGUCGACAAUUCCGAUGCCAAGUCCGAGUCCGAGUCCGAGCUCGAUUCCGAAUCCGAAUCCGAGUCCCCCUUUCAAGCACAGCCCAGCGACUAGAGCGAGCAUCGGCAGUGAAGCGUUUAGUUCCCUACCGACGGCGGCGCGAUCUACAUCGCUGACAGCACCAGCGGCAACACUGGAAAAUCCGGCAGCUACAUUGCCUCUCUACGCAGUGGUAAACAAAAAUCGCGACUUGCCGAACGGUGAAAAGACUGAGGAAGUGACACAGGCAACCAUGCUGGCCGUGGUGCCCGAAGAGCCGUCCCUAGCACUCGUGGACGGACGUGAUUUGAUCAGCUUCGACGACGACCAAGAGGUGCAAGUGCCGGGCGGAGAUGCGAAUGAGGAAGUGCCGGCGGUGGACCAGCAGGCAGGAGCUGCUGUGGACCUACUCUGCGCCCCUAAUGAGGAGAAUUCAAUGCUCUCCCUUCUGGAUACGCCGCCGCCCACUCCUCCGAAGCCCGGCUCUCCGGGCAGUAACAACUCCAGCCGUAAGACCAGCUUUGACUCCACCAGUACGCUCAGCUCAAUGGACUCUGGCUUCAUGGAGAUGCAGAAUAAACUUGAUGCCCUAGCGGCCGCGGCAGCAGCAGCGGCGGCGGCAGAAGAAGCGUCACCCGAAUCGUCAUCGGGGCCAAUAAUAACACAUAGGCAAAGCGGGGAGAAAAUUGCGCGGCGCAACUACAAGGAAUGUCUGACUCAGUCGCGGAAUCGGCGCAAGUCCUACGAGGAGUUCAAAGCUAUGUUUUUUGAACCCAGCGUCGUCGCGGAAGCGGUCGCGCCAGUGUCCAUGCCACCGCUGGAGGCAACAGCGGCAGUGGAUGACGCAACUGCGACCAGCAACACUGUGAUCCCAGCAGCGACAGCACCACUUGCCUCCAUUUCAGAACAAGACACCUCAGGCGUCCCGGGUGGGAGAGGCAAACCGGAUUGCGUAAACGAGUUUGUCGGCAGCGGCGAUGAAAUGGAUACCGGCGAAGCUGACAGCGAUGGCGAAAAAGGCGCUUCUACCAAAUGCGAUCUAACAGCAGAAGCAGCGGCCACCGCAACGGCUUCCACAACACCUUCAGUCAGCAGCACCACCACAGAUGCCAUGCGAAAGAAUUCGAAUUUUCUAUCGCAGAUUCUCGAUCAUCAAUUUGCGGCCAAGGAGCGAGCCAAGGCGCACAAGCGUCGAACCUCGUACGAGGAAUUCAAGCGUCUGGUUAGCGAAAUUGAGCCCCUGGAAUGCAUGGAAUCCCUGCCUCUUCCCGAAGCUGUGGUCGCACCCACAACCGCAGCAACAACAGCCACAUCCACGUCGCAGCUAAAGCGCCAGAACUCUCGGCAGCGCAAGAGCUUCGCCAGCUAUUUUCUGCAGCGCCUGCACUCGACCAAGGAGCCAAAGUCUGACAAGGAGAAUAGACCCCGGGAGCUUAAUGUCCAGGAGCAGCAACUGUCGGCCUACGUUGCCCUGGCGUCGCACAAGGGCAGCCAUACCGAAGGCUCCAACUCCUACCACAGGCGCAACUUUAAGAUCUACGACAAGCUGGUCUACGGCACUAUAUACGACAUUAUCCAGCGCAAGAACGACAUCUACCAGAAGUAUGACAAGUAUAUGACCUACGGGACCAUCUACGAGAUCCUGCGGCGCAAGUCCUCACAGGGCGGCGACAAAUGGCAGCGCAAGAGUCUGAGCUCCGUUCUUGAAGGCGGCAGAUCCUCGGGCGACAGUAACCAAGAUAUUUCUCAGAAGGGGGAGCGCGAGAAGCUGCGUCAGCAACGUAACAUGAUCACCCAGGCUUCCGUCGCAGUCUCAAAAAGUAGUCCACACAAGUAUGGCACAAUCUACGACAUCCUGCAGGGCGAGAAACAGGACGCUAGCUAUGCCACUAGCAAAACGGAGGCCAAAACGCAAUCGGGCAAGCCCUCACGCUUUGUAGUGUCCCAGGUGGAGGAGCCGUCACAAGCAUCGCCGGUGGGCAAGGUCGAGGCCAGUGAGGAAUCAAGUACUACAAAGGCCAUCAAGCCCCACAAGAUGCGUCGCCUUUCGCACAUUCUCAGCUAUAGCAGAAACACAAAUGACGAGCCGCAGGAGUCCACUGGAAACGAAGACGCCAAGCAGAAGCGUUCCCAGGCCAAGCGUCGAAUAGGAGUGACAAAUCUACUGCUGCCGCUGGACUCCGAAGAGCUCUAUACCCGCAUCAUUGCCCAGCAUCGGCUGCUUGAAAGGGAGCGUUGUCAGGACCAGGAGGCGGAGAGUGGCUGUGAGAGGGAACCCUUUACCCGGAAUGCAUUGACCAAAUCCAGCUCUUUGGACACCAUCUCCCUGUCGGUGUCAGUCUCCUCUGCAUCCUCCCCGUCUCCACCGUGUCCCCGCCGGAGCCUGAAGCAGCAUGGCUGCCUGCAUCAGCGCCAGCAAGUGCCGCUGGCCAAGAAGCACUCGCUCGACAACUGCCUACAGGUAGUAGCCGCGCCUACUAGCCGGCAGCCGCUGCGCCGCUGGUCCAACCAAGAGCCCCUGAAGUGUACAUGUAACCACCUCUCCGAGAAGCCUCCGCUGUCUACCAGUGAAAAGUCCCGCUCGCUGCCCGCCACCUCCAACCUUGUCGGCCCUGUGGCCUCCUGCUCUCCCGUAUGUGGAAACUUUAACUCAAAUGAUCAGAGCCCAGCAACUACAAAGUCCAAGAAAGGAAAAUCGCGCCGACUUUCGGAAUUUACGCGCGGCGAAUUUUUAAAUGAAAAAUCCUGGUACUUCCGCAAAAUCAAACGCAUUGAGGCUGAAAAAAAACUUCUACUGCCAGAGAACGAGCACGGUGCAUUUUUAAUUCGUGAUUCCGAGAGCCGCCACAACGACUAUUCGCUAUCAGUGCGCGAUGGCGAUACGGUCAAGCAUUAUCGCAUCAGGCAGUUGGACGAGGGCGGCUUCUUCAUUGCCAGACGCACAACAUUUAGAACCCUUCAGGAGCUGGUCGAACACUACUCCAAGGACUCCGACGGCCUAUGUGUCAACCUCUGCAAGCCAUGUGUCCAGAUCGAGAAGCCUGUCACCGAGGGCCUCUCGCAUCGGACUCGUGACCAGUGGGAAAUUGACAGAACUUCCCUGAAGUUUGUGCGCAAACUGGGCUCUGGGCAGUUCGGCGAUGUCUGGGAGGGCCUGUGGAACAACACCACGCCCGUGGCGAUUAAGACUCUGAAGUCAGGCACUAUGGAUCCAAAGGACUUCUUGGCCGAAGCCCAGAUCAUGAAGAAACUUCGGCACACCAAGCUAAUACAGCUAUACGCGGUGUGCACUGUGGAGGAGCCCAUUUACAUCAUCACCGAGUUAAUGAAGCACGGUUCACUGCUGGAAUAUCUCCAAGGCAAGGGUCGUAGCCUCAAAAUGCAGACACUGAUCGAUAUGGCGGCUCAGAUUGCUGCCGGAAUGGCCUAUCUAGAGUCCCAGAAUUAUAUCCACAGAGAUUUGGCGGCGCGUAAUGUGCUCGUCGGCGAUGGCAACAUCGUCAAGAUUGCUGACUUUGGCUUGGCCAGGCUCAUCAAGGAGGACGAGUAUGAGGCACGAGUUGGGGCCCGAUUCCCCAUCAAAUGGACGGCACCCGAGGCGGCCAACUACAGUAAAUUCUCAAUCAAAUCAGAUGUCUGGAGCUUCGGCAUUUUGCUCACUGAGCUGGUCACUUACGGACGCAUACCAUAUCCAGGCAUGACCAACGCUGAGGUGCUAACACAAGUGGAGCAUGGGUACCGCAUGCCGCAACCGCCCAACUGCGAGCCGCGCCUCUACGAGAUUAUGCUGGAGUGCUGGCACAAGGACCCGAUGCGCAGACCCACGUUCGAGACACUCCAAUGGAAGCUGGAGGACUUUUACACAUCCGACCAGAGCGACUACAAGGAGGCGCAGGCCUACUGAUAAAUGCUUUACAAAGUCACGAACGCAACCGCUAGCGGUCGUGGCGACAACGAGAAGCAAGACAGCUGCCGCAACUGAUCUGGUCGUCGGUCAUCAUCCCAAAACGGACAAUUCUUACUAAGUAACUUACUUGAGUUUUGCACAGAUUUUCAGCCGCUGCGCACCUCUGACCAAGCCCUUGGCCGGGGGAGUCUGCAUAGGCAACUCCAUACGAUACGAUUCAUGUUAUAGGCCUUUAAGCAAAAAGUAGUUGCUAAGCUGACGGAGUACGCAAUGUAUUGUUUAAUUUAUGCGUACGCGAGUCUCUUGGUGGAAUGCAAUUUCAACGAAACGCUCUGCUCCGUUCGUUUUCGUUCUUUUCAAUGACAAACAUAUGUGUAUUUGUCGAUUCGAUGCGUAUCUACCGGCUAAUAUAUGUAUUCACAUGUAUUAUUAUUCAUAUAACGCAUAUAGCAUAUAAAUAUCUGCAUAAACACUUAUAUAUACGAACACUUAUACAUAUAUAUAGAAAUGUGUACAACCGUUUAGUCAGACACACGUAUGCCUAGGACCCUUCACUUGUCACUCUCUAUUUUUCCUUAGCUCCUAGGUCAAGAUGAAAACAAUAUCUGCAGCAUUCAAGAUACACAAGCGACGUGUUUUGUCAUUAGUUAAUUCAUUACGUACAUAAGUGUCUUACCCCCAACACUCAACAUUAUCAACGACAUUAUAUGCUUAAUCACAAAUAGAGGAGGGAGCGUUAGUUAUUAAGUGCUAGCUAAUCGCUACUUGGCUGCGUGCAACAGUUUAAAUCCAUAUUAAUAACGUUAGGCAUUUAAUUAUACUUUGUAAUCAUUUAUUAUAUUCGGCCCACACAUACAUAUACGACGUCAUGUACAUUUAGAUCAAGCAAAACCAAUUACGAAUAAAAUGUAUUCAUAAUUUAUAAAAAUCAAA